UGGCAUAUUUCAUCAUUGGCAUGACGGUGCUGUCCGUGUGUGCCAUUGCCACCAACGGGGCACUGGAUGCUGGAGGAGCCUACUAUAUGAUCAGCCGUGCCCUGGGCCCGGAGUUCGGGGGCAGUAUUGGGAUCAUGUUUUUCCUGGCCAACGUGUGUGGCAGUGCCCUCUAUGUACUGGGGCUGGUGGAGGCAGUGGUGGACAGCUUUGGGAUCCCCCCUGGGCAACAGGUGGGCACAGGUGUCCAUGUCCUGCCCCAGAGCUACUGGUACGAGCUGCUGUACGGCACUGUGCUGCUGGCACUCUGCCUCCUCGUGUGCCUCGUGGGCGCCUCCAUCUACGCCAAGGCCACCUUCCUUAUCUUCCUCAUUGUCGCGGGGGUCCUGGGCACCAUCCUUGUCAGCUUCUUCGCCACACGGCCCCUCGGGGUGCCCAUCCGCCUGCCCCGCUUCAAUGGCUCUGAGAUCGAGAACGGCUCCUUCACUGGCUUCUCCCUCUCCACCCUCAGGGACAACCUGGGAGGUGGGUAUGGGGUGGACUACACGACUGGGCAGAUGAUGAGCUUCAGCUCUGUCUUUGCGGUGAUGUUCAACGGCUGCACUGGAAUCAUGGCAGGCUCCAAUAUGUCAGGGGACCUGAAGCGCCCGAGCUAUUCCAUCCCACGGGGCACCAUCUCUGCUGUGCUCUUCACCUACCUCGUCUAUAACCUGCUGGCUUUCCUCAUGUGUGCCACCUGCAACAGGACCCUCCUGCAGAAAGACUAUGGCUUCUUGCGUGACAUCAGUAUCUUCCCGCCCCUGGUCACAGUGGGCAUCUAUGCCGCUACCCUCUCUGCAGCCAUGAGCAACCUCAUUGGGGCAUCCCGCAUUCUGUAUGCCCUGGCCCGGGAUGAUCUCUUCGGCCGAGCCCUGGCACUUGCCAAGAAAACAUCUGCUAGUGGGAACCCAGUGAUGGCAGUGAUUCUUUCCUGGCUGGUGGUGCAGCUGGUGCUCUUCUCUGGGAAGCUCAACACCAUUGCAGGGGUUGUGACCACCUUCUUCCUCCUGGUCUACGCCACUGUCAACCUGGCUUGCCUAGCACUGGAAUGGGCAUCGGCCCCCAACUUCAGGUACCCACUGGCAUAG